AUGGAAAAACUCUACAAUGAAAAUGAAGGAAAGCUGGAAAUCGAGGGAAAGCCAGAAGAUGAAGUAGAUACAGAAGAUGAAGGAAAAUCAGAUGAGGAAGAAAAGCUGGAAGUGGAGGGGAAGCCAGGGCAUGAGGGAAAGCUCCAGAAUGAGGGACAGCCAGAUGAUGAGGGACAACCAGAAGAUGAGGGAAAGCAAGAAAAGCAGGGCAAGUCUGAAAAUGAGGGAAAACCACACAGUGAGGGCAAGCCAGAAUCCCUGGCAAAGGCUGAGAGUGAGUCGCGGGCUGCCGAAAAGCGCCCAGCUGAAGAUUAUGUGCCUAGGAAAGCAAAAAGAAAAACAGACAGGGGGACAGACGAUUCCCCCAAGGACUAUCAGGAGGACUUUCAGGAAAGGCACUUGGGCAGUGAGGAGAUGAUGAGAGAAUGUGGAGAUGUGUCAAGGGCUCAGGAAGAGCUAAGGAAAAAACAGAAAAUGGGUGGUUUUCAUUGGAUGCAAAGAGAUGUACAGGAUCCCUUUGCCCAAGGGGGCAACGGGGUGUCAGGGGAAUGAGGGGCGGAGGUAGGGGCCAAAGGGGCUUACAUGAUAUCCCAUAUCUUUAAUGUCUUUGGCGUUCAUUUCUGAUUUCUCUAAUGAGAAUAUUGCUGAUCCUGCUUUUCCUGGAAGGCAUUUGCCAGGCUAUGUGCUUUAACCUUAUGCUGAUACUUUGCUUUAGGUGUCACUCUUGGUUACCAGCAGCCUUUUGAUCCAACUACAGUGCCCUCUGUCUUUUAGUAGGGGAUUUUCACCCAUGUGCAUGGAAAAGAUGUUCAUGGUACAUUGUAAAAUAACAAUAAAGAUAAAACCAUUUGCAGAACCAUA